AUGAGCUCUGCGCCAGCUCAAUUUUUAAUUUAUGUUUUACCAACACCAACAUGUCCAAUUCCACCAGUUAUAAUGCCUGCAACAGAUUGUUUUGAAAUUUUAGCUGGUAUCCCAACCGAUAUUCAGUUGUUAGUCGUCAAUAAUUGCAAUCCUACUGUCGCUGAUAUAAGUGAUGUCAUCAUGUCAAAAACUCUGUCUGGUCUCGAUAUGACUGACAUGGCGGCUUUACCAACAAAUGAUUCACUAAUCUUAGUUGAAUUCAACUUUACGUCCCAGUCAAAUCAAAUCGGACCGCAGACAUUUUGUGUCAUAGCGUAUACAGAGGAACAAGUUCAGUCUGCUGAGUAUUGUGUUACACUGAAUCAACCAGCACAACUUCGACCACAUCGAAGACCACCACAACAACAACGAGCACAACAACAUCAACGAGUACGACAACCACAAGCACAACAAGCACAACAACUACAACAACUACAACAACUACAAGCACGACUACUACAACGACCACGACGACAACAACAACCACAACUACAACAACCACAACUACAACGACGACAACAACCACAACUACAACGACGACAACAACUACAACAACAACUGCAACGACCCAAACAACGACAAAUCCCCCAAGUGAGUAUUUCAGGAUAUAUUUCUAACCGUCAAAUAACGAACUAG